UUUAUAAGUGUGCAUAAACUGGCCCCUGCAAUAAGCAAGCUGUGGAUCACCACAGACGGCAGCAGAGAUGACACACAUCAACAGGGCGAGGUCCCAACAGAUUCGUCUCAUGCGGGCAAGUGGAAAAUCAGCACACGAGAUCCAGCAACAUUUUACAAGCCUGGGCAUCAACGUGUCGCUGAGGACUGUGAGAUAUCACUUCAAGGAGAGACAACCGCGCCGCUCAUGUCCGAGAAAACUGCACCAUAAUAUACUGACUGCCAUUGACGAAGUGACAAAGAGAGGCAUUAAGAUGAAGGCCCAAGCUUUACAGCAGAAAAUUGAAGCAGAUUUUGGUGUUCAACUUAGCCUGACCAGUGUUCGCCGUGCCCGCAGGAAUCUUGGGUGGAAAUAUGGAAAGAACAGCUUCUGCCCGAUUACAAAAGACCUCAACAAAGAGGCGAGGCUCAGACAAGCUGUUCAGUGGCUCGAGUCUGGGGAGACGUGGCAUGACGUGCUGUUUACGGACACAACAACAGUAACUCUGGAGCGCCACACCCAGCUUUGUUCCUACAUGAAAGGCCAACCUGUUGCCAGGGUUAGGGUUAAACCAAAGCCCAAAAAACCCUUUAAGAUCCAUGUCUGGGGAAUGAUUUCACGACAGGGUGCAGGUCCUAUGGUCAUCUUUGAAGGAAGCAUGGACAGACAUUAUUUUGAGAACGCCAUCAUCAAAGGAGUCGCAGCACCAUACGUCAGAGGGCAUUUUGGGUCCGAUCAUCGCUUCUUCCAGGACAAUGAUCCAAAGCACACAGCUGCUGCAGCUUGCAUUGCAUCUGAGGGAAUAAACUGGGUGAGGACUCCGCCAGAGUCACCAGAUUUGAACCCCAUCAAGCUUGUUUGGCACUCAAUGAAAGACUUCAUCCGAAAUGAGGUUAAGCCUCGCACAAGACAGGAGCUUGUCCGGGCCAUCGAGGUCUUUUGGGACACAAAACUGACCCAAGAGUUCUGUAACAAAGUUAUUACAGGCUUGUCAGAAGUACAGAGACUGAUUGUAAAGAACAAAGGAGGGCCUAGUGGAAAGUGAGUAAAACAACGAUCAACACAAAUUGUCAUUUUUAUGUCAUCUCGUUUCGUAUUUUGCUUGCAAAAUAAACACUACUUUU